AUGGACUACAGCGCCUCUAUCCACGAAGAGAGCGGCGCAUCGCCCUGGGGAAACUCCCCAGGCUCCUCGCCCCGGCCUAACCAGACCAACUUCUCAUCUCUCGGUGCUGACCUCGGCGGCGACCCGGCCGGAUCCCCAUUCAACUACUCACCGAGCCCCGGCAACGCCACCCCGCAGGACCACCAGGAGGGCUUUGGCGGCGAGCAGCAGUACAGGCGACCAGACACCGCGAGCAGCACCCAGUCGACGACCGAGGUGGAAACACAGGAGUCGAGAACCGAAAUAGGCUCAGAAGCCCGCUCCAGCGGUGAUGGUCCGGGACCUGAGCUGCCCCAAAAGUCGCAAGAACAAGGCGGACCCGCGGUCGCGGGCGGACAGGCUCGUCAAGAACAGCCGCGCAAGCCUCAGCAGCCUCAGUUCAGGCUACAGGCCAAGAUCACCGGUCUCGAGCGCACCGGGAAGAAGGACCCCAUCUUGCGGUUCGAUGUUCAUACCAACCUCCCGAGGUUCCGUACCACUCAGUACCGCGACGUGCGCCGCUUCCACUCGGAAUUCGUCAAGCUUGCGGAGCACCUGAUUUCUGCAAACCCCGAAUGCCUGGUACCUACCGUACCGUCUGCCGUGACGUCGGCCGGUGCUGGCACGGACGAGGACGAAGCCCGCGUCAAGGCCUUAUUACAACGGUGGUUCAACUACGUGUGCAGCAACGAAGUUCUUAUGAGGGACGACGAGAUGGUCCUCUUCGUAGAGAGCGAUUUCGGAUACAGCCCUAUGGUCAAGAUGAAGCAGCCGGCGACGGGCGUGCGCAGAAAGAUUCUGAAGCAGUUUGCUCCCCCGCCGGACGACACUCCGGAGCUCCAGGAGGCUCGUCCGAUCGUCAAGCUCUUCUACCUUGGUACCAUGGAUGCCGGCCAUAAGGUCGAUAAGCUCGUCAAGUCUCGUCGAGGUCUGGGAUUGGCUGAAUCCGACUUUGGCGUAAAGCUCGGCUCCAUGCAUAUCCAAGAGCCCCAUCAGGGUCUUGCCAAUGCCUAUCGUAAGCUGGGCAAGAUCGUACAAACCGUCGGUGACUAUCACGCUGCGCAAGCUACUGCGGAAGCCACCACCAUUGGUGAUCCGUUCCAGUACCACUCCCAGGACUCAUUUGUUGUCAAGGAGUCGCUCACAAACCGCCAAAUCCUCAUCCGCGAGUUCCUCCAGGCACAAGAGAAUACACGUAGCAAGCUCAAUGCCGCCGAUCGUCUGAAGGCGAGCUCCAACGUAAGACGCGAGAAGGUCGACGAGGCCAUUACGGCUCUUGAUGACGCCCGUCAAAACGAGACCUACCUUUAUCAAAAGACGACUCGUGUCACACAAAAUCUCGUUCAGGAGCGUCGAAAGUGGUUCUCAAGAACGGCAGCAGAUCUUCGGCUCAGCAUCAGAGAAUAUGUCAUUCGCGAGAUUGAGGCGGAGCGACGUGCUCUUGCCGUCCUCGAAAGCGUGAGACCAGACAUCCGCGCCAUUGACGCAUCUGGCGGUCUGAGUCGACUCGGACGCGAGGCUCACCCUCCCGUCAGAAGGGCCAGCGUGGCAGCCAGCCAAGGUCCCAAGGGUGAUGCAUGGAGCGGUGUUCCACGACGCACCGACACGCUCAACCGCAGCGUCUCUGGCAGUCUUAUGGGCGUCCCUGAGGACGGUGAGGGCGACGACAGCCAGGGUGCGGGGCAGAACAAGGGCGGUGCAGCGGGCGGCCGGGCGAGCUUGUCCGGUGUGACAGAGGAGGACGACGAGGACCGAGUGGAUGCGAGAAACGCAGCGAGCCGAUUGGCGACCAGCACUUUCUGA